AUGAGCAACACCACCCUAUUUAUCACAGGAGGGACAGGCUACAUCGGCGGCACUGUCGUCGACCGGCUCCUCGAUCACCCCGACGUCUCCACCUUCGAGAUCACCCUGCUCGUCAGGACCUUAGAGAAGGCGGAGAAGCUACAAACUCUGGGCCUCAAAACUGUUGUUGGCGACAACUCCAACUUGGAACUUCUGACCAGCUCUGCAGCGAGCGCGGAUGUCGUUAUUUCUAUGGCUGAUUCGGACAACUACCCCGCAGCCCGUGCAAUCCUCGACGGAAUCAAGCAGCGCUUUGAGGCGACUGGCGUCCCUCCCAUCUUGAUCCACACAGUAAGCUUCAACAUCUACUUCGCUAAUGGAAUGCACGGCAACAUCCAAAACAUCAGCAACGACUUCGACUCCGACGCACUCGAAGCCAUCCCAGAGACUUCACUCCACCGAAACGUCGACAUUCCCAUCGUGAAAGCAGACAAAGAAGGCUACGUUCGAGCAUACCUCAUCGCGCCUGGAACAGUCUUCGGCGUUCCGACAGGUCGACUGGCCGACCUGGGUGUGCAGAACAAGAGGUCCAUCCAGUUGUCACUGCUGUUCAAGGCUUCUAUCGACAGGAAAAGAGCGGGUAUGCUUGGGCUGGGCAAGAACGUGUGGCCUGCUGUUAGCGUCAGAGACACGGCGGAUCUGUUCAUGUUAGUUUUCAACAUUGCGAGGACGAGCCCCGACGCACUUGGGCAUGGCCGUGACGGGUUCUACAUUGCAGAAACCUGCCAGUACGCCGUUUACGAGGUGAUGAAAGAGGCAGGGAGAGUGCUCGUCGAGCUGGGGAUAGCCGAAGAGGCCGAACCCCUUCCCUUUUCUGAGGAAGAACUGGCGAAAUAUUUCGGGUUCAUUGCGCCUAUCCUGGGGACCAACUGCGCUGCCAAGGGUGUACGAUCCAGGGCUUUGGGAUGGAAACCUGCUGAUGGAAAGGACGAAUUCAUGAAGACUAUCGAAGACGGGCUCAUGUUAUGCUUGGAUGACACGCCAUUGCGAAUGGCGCCGAAUUCGAAGGAUUAUUCAGAUACCCUAGCACUUUUGCAGCAGAAAUCAACCAACUAA